GCGUCGCUGCUGCCUAUUUUCCUUUCCGGCGGCCAUCUUGGCUUCCUCCGCGUGGGGCCCCCGGGAUCGGCGCUUCCCGCCUGCGGCUUCUCCUCCUCGCCUGUCCGGAUCUGGCCGUUUCCUCCCGCAAAGAUGAAAGAAACGAUCAUGAAUCAAGAAAAAUUAGCUAAACUCCAAGCCCAAGUGCGCAUCGGUGGGAAGGGUACUGCUCGUAGGAAGAAGAAGGUGGUGCACAGAACAGCUACAGCAGAUGACAAGAAACUUCAGUUUUCCUUAAAGAAGCUGGGAGUAAAUAACAUAUCUGGGAUUGAAGAGGUCAACAUGUUUACCAAUCAAGGCACUGUAAUUCACUUCAACAAUCCUAAAGUUCAAGCUUCGCUCGCUGCUAACACUUUCACAAUCACAGGCCAUGCUGAGACAAAGCAGCUGACUGAAAUGUUGCCUAGCAUCUUAAACCAGCUUGGGGCUGACAGUCUCACAAGCUUGAGGAGGCUGGCAGAGGCUUUACCAAAACAAUCUGUGGAUGGAAAAGCACCUCUUGCUACUGGAGAAGAUGAUGAUGAUGAAGUUCCAGAUCUUGUGGAGAACUUUGAUGAGGCUUCCAAAAAUGAAGCAAAUUGAAUUGUCACAUUCAGUAAAACUUGAAAAUUAUGUGGAGCUGCUAUUUUAUAUUGUGACUUUUAUUUGUAAUAUUUUGUACUGAUCUUAGUCUCAAGAUCUGUAAUAUUUGGAAACUCCCUUCAAUGCAGCUCUCUUCAGUUAUUGUUGGUGCACAGUGCAGAUGGGCUGGAAGUGCACAAAAUGGAAAAGUACUAAGUCAGAAAGCUAAUAAAGACUAAAUCUUUAGGCAACUACUUUAUUAGUAUUUUGUAUGUAACUAAAAAUAGAUAUGAUAGUGGUGGGAAAUGGAGCUUGUUGGUUUGAAAUCGUGUCAAAGGAAAUGUCAAAUGAUGUGAUGUAAGUUAAGAUCUUCCAGGUCCACCUCUGUUACAUUACUUAUUACAAAUAUUUAUGCUGGCAUACUGAAAUGGGCUUAAGUUCACAAUUAGAUUAUUGAUGGUGGUCCAGAUCUGACCUGGAUACAAGACAAGCAGGAUAGAUGGCUGAACUUUGAGGUUGGUUUAGCAUAGACUUCCUCUGGUCUGCUCUGGAUAUGCUGGACUUCAACUCCAAGUUCUUAACCAGAAGGGCAGCUAUAUUUUCUGGAAAUUAUAGGAGAUGAAAUCUAACUGAUGUUGAGGAUACUAAAAUGGAGAAGGCUAACUUAGAAGGAUGUAAUUUAACACAAUUAAACCUGCCCCUCCAAGUUUAAUUCUGUUUUGUUUAAAAGAAUGUGAAGAACUCUGUAAUGUAUCAUUAAUCUUUAUUUACUAAAUAUAUCUAUAAAAUGUUGUUUGGGCAAUGCAAAGGAAUAAGGUCACAGGGCUUCAAGUGAGCCUAAAGGCAUCUACAAUACACAUCCAAAUAAUCAGGAAUCAUCUUUUAGUUGCUGUGAUUUUAGUGAUAUGGUGAUUCCCCCCCCCCCCCCGUUUAUUCUUUAUAGCUAUUGUUGCCAUUUUCCUUUCCAUGUGGAAGUUAAUAUAAAGAAUGGUUCAGAAUCACUGCACAUCCCUAUAUCUAACUACCACCAUCAGUGGUCAUUCUGGUUUCCAUUUUGUUUUUACUUUUAAGACAGAGCAGUUUAUCAACAAAGCCACAAAUGAUUUUGCUUUGUCCCAAGUAGCUGGAUCAUUAGCAGCAGAAUUGUGUUCAUUAGGUCUAGAUACAAAUACUGAAUUGGAAACAAGAUUAGACACUGGUAUCUCACAGAACUUAUGAGCACAGUAGAGAUUAAUAAUGUCUACCAGUGAACAGUUCAUGUCAGUGGAUGUUGUCCUUGGUUGAAUUAACCUUGAUGUUUAGGUAGAAUAUCAGUUACAAUUCAUUAGCUGCACUGGUGCUUGGACAAAAACUUGGUGUAAAAAUCUGUAUUUCAGUCUUAGACCAUAGAAGGGCUUUUGUUGUGUUAAGUUGCCUAUUUAAAAAAAGGUAAGCACAGGCAAGAUGAGUAAAUAUGAAUAAUUUGUACCCUAAAAUAACAUAUAAAGCCUUUUCUUCUUAGUGUCCUUUUUAGAAAUAGCAGUAAUUAAUCUAUGUUGUGGCUAAGUAGUCCAUUUUGGGUACUAUUUGGAUGAAAGAUCACCAGGAAAUCUUAAGGCUGCGCUGAAAAGUUGAAAUAACAUCCUGGAAGAAGGCAGUAGCCAAUCAGUUCCAUCUUGCUACUAAGAAAUUUGGGGAGAUGGGUGGUAAUUAAAUUUGAAUAAUAAAUAAAUGAUAAUGGACAAAUCCUUGUCUUUACCCCUCCCCCCUCCUUUUAACAAGAUCACAGCAUGCUCCUUAAAAAUUGACUACUGUAGAUGAGACGUUCUUAGACCGCAGUCUGACUGGAAAGGUUAUACUGUAGGAAAGUACAUAAUACCUGCAUUUACCCAAUUACUAUCUACUACUGUGCAGUGGCAGGAAUUACAUCUAUUUUACCAGAUAGCUAUAUUGUGCUGAUGCUGUCUAGCUGCUUUCAAUAAAACUGUUUCAGGGUUUUA